GUUGGCUGGGCACUAAGGAGCCUCAAGAGGAGAGGGCAGUGAGGAGGGUGGUACUGUCCGGACCCAGCUGUACCAAGGCCAUGGCUGCACGCCAGAAGGAGAUGAUCGCAGAUGAGGUCCACCAGAACCAGAUCCUGCGGGAACUGUACCUCAAAGAGCUACGAACUCAGAAACUCUACACGCAGUAUCACGUGAAUCCACUCCGCAAGGUUCACACAAUCACCAGAAAGCCCAUGUCCUGGCACGAUAACCUGGAGGAACCUGCAGAUGCCAAGUUCCUAAAUCUUAUUCACCAUGCCGCCCAGGGACCAAGGAAGAAAUACCCAGAGACACAGACUGAAAGCCAAGAAAUUGGAUGGAACUCUGAGCCCUUGGUCAGCCCGGAACGCGAUGACCGCAGGCUGAACCACUUCAGGGUCUACAACGACAUCACUCUGUACAAGGCCAAACUGUGGAGCUUGGGAGAAGAGGGCCGCCACCCGUAGUAUUCCAGCAGUGCUGUCAGCCUGCCUCUCAUGGCCAAAGUGUGUGCUGCCGGUUAAUAAAGA